AUGUGGCCAUCUUUGGGCCGGAUGGCGUCCAGUGCGACGGCGAUUCUCCUUCUGGCAGCUGUACUUUGGGCGCCUACUGACGCAGCGACAGAGGAACCUUCCACAACUGUGGUAGUGCCGGAAUUCUCGUUGGAGGAUGGCUUCACCUACAUCGCGGUCCCGGUCCUCGCCGUCCUCGCCGUCCUUUGCGGGGCAUUCACCGCGCUUUGCGUAUUCAAACGACAGGACCGGGCCAUCGACGUGGAGCUGGCGCGGAAGGCCGACCGGGAGACAAUGGCGGCCUAUCACUUAAAAUGGGAGGUGGAGGAUCGGGUGCGCGAGAUGCGGCGGGCAGAAGAAGCUGAGAAGCGGAAACAAGAAGACGAGAAGCGAAAACAGGAAAGGGACAAACGAAAGGCCGACACGGAGAAGCCGACAAAAGAGGAGGACAAGCUGAAGAAGGAAGUGAGCCAAGGAAAGGCCGCAGAUCCGAAGCAAAGCACCGAAGCGGAGAAGCCGAAAAAAGAAGAGAGCAAGCGAACUCCCGAAGACCAGAAGCAAAAGCCCGAAGAAGCCGCAAAGAAGCCGACCCUUGUUGCGGCUGAAAAGCCGAAGGACGUGGUUAUUCCACCGCCGAAAGCACCCGAGCCGAGGAGGCCGCCCAGGCCCAGGGCGAUUGGACGACCAUUUCCGGUUGGGAAAAUCGACUACGAGGACCGGCUCAGGGCAUUGGUGGCGAAACAAUUGGCAAAGGUACCCCUGGCGAAGACGCAGAGCUACAAGGAAAACGAUCUGUCGGGUCAGAAUAAGGCGUCGACCGAAAAACCAGCUUCGGGUCAAAAGCCGCCUUCGGGCAAGGCUGGUGCCAAGAAGUCCGGAAAGGGUUCCGGCAAGAAGUCGAACCAGGGCAAAGGCUCGGGCCGUGUCGGGAGGACCCAGUCGAUCAGCAAGGAAAUCUCGGUCACGCCACCCUCCAGCGACUCGCUCAAGGUGCCGGUGACGAUCACGCAGAAGAGAGCGAACGUGAUCGCCGUGCCGCUCGACCUGAUCCGCAGCAUCGAGGAGAAGGAGAAGGAGGAUGAGAAGCGCGAGGAGAAGGAGGACCUCGGAGCGACGCAAAUCGAAAACACAAGCAAGACGCCCUCCAGGAAGAAACCCGCCACCUCAAAGCGCCCU